AUGAAAAACCCGGCAAAGAUCCUAACCCAAUUCCCAAAACGGGCCCUCCAUCUCGACUGGAAACUCCUGCUUCUCGUCCUAUUUUCCGUCACAUUCCUAGCCUACGCUUCUCUCUCAUCCUCCCCAGCCUCGCUAUCCAUCUCUCUCCGCUGUUUUGCCCCUUUCAAAUCCAAAUCUGGCGGCGGCGGCGGCGGCGGCGGCUGUGCCCCGACCGGCCGUAAUCCUGUCCGACCCCAGAACCCGUUGAACGGGUCGAGAAUUGCCGUUUGUUUGGUGGGAGGGGCCCGCAGGUUCGAGCUGACCGGGCCGUCAAUUGUGGAGAGGAUUCUCCGGGUUUAUGAAAAUUCGGAUCUUUUUCUCCACAGCCCGUUGGAUUUGAACGCGUACAAGCUUCUGCUGUUGAACGAUGCACCCAGAAUAGCUGCUGUCAGAAUAUUUAGACCCGAACCCAUACCCGAGACUGAGUCGGAGGUCCGGGUUCUGACGGCUGCCGACUCGCCCAACGGUAUACAGGGCUUGCUGCAAUAUUUCAACCUUGUAGAAGGCUGCCUAAAAAUGAUCAAAGCAUAUCAAGAAGAGAACAACUUCACUUACGACUGGGUCAUCCGAACAAGAGUCGACGGGUACUGGUCCGCCCCAUUGGGCCCCGAAAACUUCAUUCCAGCCAAAUAUUUAAUUCCGCCUGGUUCGUCCUACUAUGGCCUAAACGAUCGGUUUGGAGUAGGAGACUACAAUACCUCGGUUGUAGCACUUUCGAGGCUCUCCUUAAUCCCUCAGCUGGAAUCGGCUGGGUUUACCGAACUCAACUCGGAGUCUGCUUUCAAGGCCCAACUCACCACCCAAAAGGUUGAAUUCACCACCAACCCUCUGCCAUUCUGUGUAGUGACUGAUCGUGAAUAUGAGUUUCCUCCGGCCCGGUUUGGGGUGCCUGUUGCCGCGCUGUCGAGCCCUGGCCCACUUAGUGGCGCCAAGUGCAGACCUUGCCGGCCCGUCUGCACUGGAUCUUGUGUUGGGCCUAUCAUGAAUGGGCUUGCUAGAAACUGGAGCUGGACCGAGUGGACUGAAACUUCAGUUGAGCUUUGUGAUGCACACGGCGAGUGGGAAAAUGGGUGGGAGAUGUUGUUUGAUGAAGUUGCUGGGAAAAAACUGGCUUCUGCAAGGAACAAAGUUUGGGCUUUGAAUAUGAGCCAAUGCGUUUAUGGAUUUGAUAGAAUGAAGAGACGGACAGCCCACUGGUAUGGGUCUGGACCCGAGGAAAUUUGCAGGCAGGGCCUGAAGUCGAGGUGA